CCGUGCCGCCCCGCCUUUGCGUCGGCCUCACGGGCCGCGGGGCUCGCUGCUGCCCCCGCCGGCGCCCAGAGUGCGGCCCGGGCCCGGCACCCUCACGGCUCCCCCGCCGGCGGCGGCGCCCACAGCCCGGGCCCCGAUGAGUAACUCCCGCAACAACCGGGUGAUGGUGGAGGGGGUCGGCGCCCGCGUAGUGCGCGGCCCAGACUGGAAGUGGGGCAAGCAGGACGGCGGCGAGGGCCAUGUGGGCACUGUGCGGAGCUUCGAGAGCCCGGAGGAGGUCGUGGUGGUGUGGGACAACGGCACGGCCGCCAACUACCGCUGCUCCGGGGCCUACGACCUGCGCAUCCUGGACAGCGCGCCGACCGGCAUCAAGCAUGAUGGAACUAUGUGUGAUACUUGCCGCCAGCAACCAAUCAUUGGCAUUCGAUGGAAAUGUGCAGAGUGUACAAAUUAUGAUUUGUGCACCGUUUGUUAUCAUGGAGAUAAGCACCACUUAAGGCAUCGUUUUUAUAGGAUCACUACACCAGGAAGUGAACGGGUUCUGUUAGAGUCUCGUAGAAAAUCUAAGAAGAUUACAGCCAGAGGAAUCUUUGCAGGUGCCAGAGUGGUACGAGGAGUGGACUGGCAGUGGGAAGAUCAAGAUGGGGGCAAUGGGCGUAGAGGAAAGGUAACGGAAAUCCAAGACUGGAGUGCAUCAAGCCCACACAGUGCAGCGUACGUUCUCUGGGAUAAUGGUGCUAAGAACCUUUACAGAGUUGGCUUUGAGGGCAUGUCUGAUCUGAAGUGUGUCCAGGAUGCCAAAGGAGGUUCUUUCUACAGAGAUCAUUGCCCUGUGUUAGGUGAGCAGAAUGGCAACAGGAAUCCUGGUGGAUUGCAGAUUGGUGACCUGGUGAAUAUAGACCUUGACCUGGAAAUCGUACAGUCUUUGCAGCAUGGUCACGGAGGAUGGACUGAUGGGAUGUUUGAGACUUUAACUACAACUGGAACUGUCUGUGGCAUUGAUGAAGAUCAUGACAUUGUAGUGCAGUAUCCAAGUGGCAAUAGGUGGACCUUCAAUCCUGCUGUUCUCACUAAGGCAAACAUUGUCCGAAGUGGGGAUGCUGCACAGGGAGCAGAAGGAGGCACCUCACAGUUUCAAGUGGGUGAUCUUGUGCAAGUUUGUUAUGAUCUGGAAAGAAUUAAACUUCUCCAAAGAGGACACGGUGAAUGGGCUGAAGCGAUGCUUCCAACUUUAGGUAAAGUUGGCCGAGUACAACAGAUUUAUUCAGACAGUGAUUUAAAGGUGGAAGUUUGUGGAACUUCUUGGACAUACAAUCCGGCAGCAGUUUCCAAGGUGGCUUCUGCAGGAUCUGCCAUUAGCAAUGCAUCUGGUGAAAGACUGUCACAGCUUCUGAAGAAAUUAUUUGAAACCCAAGAAUCUGGUGACCUCAAUGAAGAACUGGUUAAGGCUGCUGCCAAUGGGGACGUGGCUAAAGUGGAAGAUUUGCUGAAGAGACCAGAUGUGGAUGUGAGCCUUUCAAAACAGCUUUUGAGGGAUAGCAAAAAUCGUAGUUUACAUGCUGAUGUUCAGGAUAAAGAUGGAGAUCGAGCUGUUCACCAUGCAGCCUUUGGAGAUGAGGGUGCUGUUAUCGAAGUCCUGCACCGAGGCAGCGCUGACCUGAAUGCUCGUAAUAAGCGCAGGCAGACUCCUCUGCAUAUCGCUGUCAAUAAAGGCCAUCUUCAGGUUGUGAAGACGCUGCUGGACUUUGGGUGUCAUCCCAGUCUCCAGGAUUCUGAAGGUGACACCCCUCUCCAUGAUGCCAUAAGUAAGAAGCGGGAUGACAUCCUGGCAGUUCUUUUGGAAGCUGGAGCAGAUGUGACCAUCACAAACAACAAUGGGUUCAAUGCCCUGCACCAUGCUGCACUGAGAGGAAAUCCCAGUGCAAUGCGUGUUUUACUCUCAAAAUUACCAAGACCAUGGAUUGUGGAUGAGAAGAAAGAUGAUGGUUACACUGCCUUGCACCUGGCUGCUCUGAAUAAUCAUGUGGAAGUGGCUGAACUGUUGGUGCAUCAGGGAAAUGCAAACCUGGAUAUCCAGAAUGUGAACCAGCAAACAGCCCUACACCUUGCUGUUGAACGGCAGCACACCCAGAUUGUUAGGCUUUUGGUCCGUGCAGGUGCUAAGCUAGACAUUCAGGAUAAGGAUGGAGAUACCCCUUUGCAUGAGGCUUUAAGGCAUCAUACUUUGUCUCAGCUACGCCAGCUACAAGACAUGCAAGAUGUGGGGAAAGUAGAUGCUGCCUGGGAGCCAUCAAAAAACACAUUAAUAAUGGGACUUGGUACCCAGGGGGCAGAAAAGAAGAGUGCAGCAUCUAUUGCCUGUUUCUUGGCAGCCAAUGGUGCCGACCUCAGCAUUCGAAAUAAGAAGGGUCAAUCACCACUGGAUCUCUGUCCUGACCCAAGUCUCUGCAAAGCGCUGGCAAAAUGUCAUAAGGAAAAAGUCAGUGGCCAAGUGGGUUCUCGGAGUCCUUCUAUGAUUAGCAAUGAUUCUGAAACCUUGGAGGAAUGUAUGGUGUGCUCAGACAUGAAGAGAGAUACUCUUUUUGGUCCCUGUGGACACAUUGCGACUUGUUCUUUGUGUUCCCCACGUGUCAAGAAAUGCCUCAUCUGUAAAGAGCAGGUUCAGUCCAGGACAAAGAUUGAAGAAUGUGUGGUGUGCUCUGACAAGAAAGCAGCUGUUCUCUUUCAACCUUGUGGACACAUGUGUGCUUGUGAGAACUGUGCCAGCCUGAUGAAAAAAUGUGUGCAGUGCCGGGCAGUGGUUGAACGAAGGGUGCCUUUCAUCAUGUGCUGUGGUGGGAAGAGUUCGGAGGACCCCUCUGAUGAUGUCUCAAGUGGGACUAUUCCAGUGCUGCAGAAGGACAAAGACAACACCAAUGUCAAUGCAGAUGUACAGAAGCUGCAGCAGCAGUUGCAGGACAUCAAGGAGCAGACAAUGUGCCCUGUGUGUUUGGAUCGUCUGAAGAACAUGAUUUUCCUCUGUGGCCACGGAACAUGCCAGCUCUGUGGAGACCGAAUGAGCGAAUGCCCAAUUUGUCGCAAGGCAAUUGAACGGAGGAUCCUUUUGUAUUGACUAAGAGACACAGUGUGUUGUUAGUUGAAGUAUGUGAUCAUGAGAUCUUAGUAGGUUCUAAAGCUAAUGGGAAGUUUAAUAUAAUGGGCUAAUUUGAAAUUUCAUAAUUUUGUAUUAGAAUGUAAUUAGACUGUAUAUGUACCACCAUCACAACGAAAACAUACAGUGUUUGAAAUUGCUGAUGUGUGUGUGUGUGUGUCUGUCUGUCUGUCUUGUCUGCCUGUCUAUCUGUUUUCCUCUUAAAUUUGGAACAUCAAAUACAUGGUAAUUCAUAAAAAUUUUGUUUUUGGCUUUAAAGGGAAAAUCCUUGAAGGACCUCCUUUCACAUUUGUUUUUAUUGUGAAAAACAAUAAAAUUUCUUUUUAAAUUUA